AUGGACCUUUCUUUGGGAGACCCCCAGAUGAACGGGCUUCUGCUCACAGCCCCUCUUCUUACAUUAUGGAGCCUGCUAGGUGCUGCCCAGCUUACCAUCAUCUCUCAGCCAUCCAUCGCUAUUGUGGGUGACGAUGUCCUUCUCUCCCUCCACGGCCUCCAGGAGGGAAGUUAUGUCAGUAUCACUUGGUUUCGAGGGAUAGGUUUUCUGAGAAGCAUUCUGUCUUAUGACACUGAGACAGAGAAAGUGGCCAUAGGCUCUGAAUUCACCAAGCGGGAGUACCUACAGUCUACUGGUUCCCUCAUCAUCAAGGGAGUCGAAGUGACUGACUCGGAAAACUACACCAUCCUUGUAAACACCAGAGUCAAUGGGUUGAUUUGGGCAACAGAAGGUUUCCAAGUCUAUGUGAAACCAUCAAAACCCAACAUCACCAUGGAGUCUCUAGACUCCAUCAUUGAGUUUAAGAGCAUGGUGAAGCUCAUGUGUAUUUCCAAUGAUGUGGAUGUCAGCAUCAGAUGGUUCCUGAAUAAUACAGAACUUCCAUCCAGUCCACGACUCUCCUUGUCUUCAGAUAACAAGACUGUCAUCUUUCACAAUAUCACCAGAAGGGACAGUGGAUACUACCAUUGCGAAGCCUGGAAUCCGGUGGGCUUCCAGAGCAGUGAUGACUUUAAUCUGAUUGUCUACUAUGGACCAGAUAAGGUCAUGAUCAUGCCAGAUACUGACUCCAUUUGGGGCAGCACCAUUGGAGUGGAAAUUAAUUCCAGCCUCACCUUCAAGUGUCAGUUUGAAUCAAACCCUGUUCCUACCUGUGCCUGGUAUUUAAAUGAAUCUAACCUGGGGAUUUCUGAGUGCAAUUACUAUAUCCCAAGGGCUUCCAUGAAUAAUGAAGGGAAUUUCAAAUGUACAGUGAAGAAUCCACUGACUAGAAAGUCUUCUUCAGCAUUUGGCACUGUCAAGGUGGCUGAACAGGUGACCAAGCCCCGUGUGUUGGCCAAUACCACCUCCAUUGUGGAGGAGGGAUCAGUGAACUUCACCUGUGAUACUCCAGAUGCUGGGAUCGAGGUUCAGUGGCUCUUGGACAACCAGACUAUCCCAUUGAGUGACCGACUGGUGCUGUCCCAGGGGAACCGGACACUGACCAUAGCUCAGGCCCACAGGGAGGAUGCUGGGCAAUAUCAAUGUGCCACCUGGAACUUGAUCAGCAGGAACAUCAGUGACCCAGUGUCUUUGACUGUAAAUUAUGGACCUGACCCUAUCAAUAUCAUUCCAGAAUAUGGGUCCAUCAGGGUCAACAGCAUUGAGAUUAAGCUUGGUUCUACUCUGGCCUUACUGUGCAGCGCUCCUUCUCAGCCGGCUGCCCAUUAUCACUGGUCCCUCAAUAGCACCAACCCAUUGGAACAGGAUGGAUCUCUGCUCACUAUCGAGGGUAUGACCUGGGAUCAUCAGGGAACUUGCAUGUGCCUGGCGUGGAACAACUUGACCCAAGUGAUCCGCUCAGCUACAGUCACCAUCAGGGUGGUCGAUUCCACCUUAUCUGCUGGGGUCAUUGCUGGCAUUGUGGUUGGAGUUCUGGCUGCUGUUGUCCUGAGCACAGGGCUGGCGUAUUUCCUCGUCAUCAGGAAAAGGGCAGUCGGAAUCUGUGGCAAUAGGUGCCUUAGGAUCCAAGAGACCAAGAAACACAUCUGCACAGGUUAG